AUGAGGACUCACACCGGAGAGAAUCCCUACAAGUGUAAGGAAUGUUCCUAUUGUAGUGCUCAGAAAGGUGAUCUCAAGAGACAUAUGAGGACUCACACUGGAGAGAAACCCUACAAGUGCAAGGAAUGUUCAUAUUCUAGUGCUCAGAAAGGUGAUCUCAAGAUACAUAUGAGGACUCACACGGGAGAGAAACCCUACAAGUGCAAGGAAUGUUCAUAUUCUAGUGCUCAGAAAGGAAAGUUUGUCAUGUUAACACGGAGUAAAAGAUCCUCAACAGCUGCUGAUAAAGAAAAGAGUAACAAAAAUGUAAUUCCAAUCAAAAAGGAAAUAAAAACUGAACAGGAGGAGAAAGGUAAUCUCAAGAAACAUAUGAGGACCCACACAGGAGAGAAACCCUACAAGUGUAAGGAUUGUUCAUAUUCUUGUGCUCAGAAAGGAAAGUUUAUAAUGUUAACUGGGAGUAAAAGAUCCUCAACAGCUGCUGAUAAAGUAAAGAGUAACAUAACUGUAAUUCCCAUCAAAAAGGAAAUAAAAACUGAACAGGAGGAGGUGACUGGAGUAUCACACGGUUUCAUUUGUCCACAAUGUCAAGCUCACUUCCUGUAUGAUGAGUUCUUUGUGGAACACAUCAGGGAACAUCAUGGUGAAACAAUCAAUGAUAUGUCUACUAGAAAUGUCUUGUUCAAUUCAUUACCAUCAUCACAUUCAUCAGUCAGGUUGGGCAAGGAAAAUACUUCUUCUUUUGGGAAAGCUUUUAAAUGUGACGAUUGUUCUUAUACCUGUAAUGAGAAUAGUGAUCUUGUGAAACAUUUAUGUAUUCACACGGGAGAAAAACCCUACAAGUGUACGGAAUGUUCAUUUGCUUGCUCUUUUAAAUCAAAGCUUAUUAACCACCAACGUACUCACACGGGAGAGAAACCCUACAAGUGUAGUCAAUGUUCAUAUUCUAGUGCUCAGAAAGGUCAUCUCACAUUACAUAUGAGGACUCACACAGGAGAGAAACCCUACAAAUGUAAGGAAUGUUCAUAUGUUAGUGCUCAGAAAGGUGAUCUCACAUUACAUAUGAGGACUCACACAGGAGAGAAACCCUACAAGUGUAAGGAAUGUUCAUAUUGUAGUGCUCGGAAAGUUGAUCUCAAGAAACAUAUGAGGACUCACACAGGAGAGAAACCCUACAAGUGUAAGGAAUGUGCAUAUACUUGCUCUGUUAAAUCAAAUCUUAUUAAACACCAAAGAACUCACACGAGAGCUCACUUCCUGUAUGAUGAGUUCUUUGUGGAACACAUCAGAGAACAUCAUGGUGAAGCAAUCAAUGAUAUGUCUACUAGAAAUGUCUUGUUCAAUUCAUUACCAUCAUCAGUCAGGUUGGGCAAAGAAAAUACUUCUUCUGUUGGGAAAGCUUUUAAAUGUGACGAUUGUUCUUAUACCUGUAAUGAGAAUAGUGAUCUUGUGAACCAUUUAUGUAUUCACACGGGAGAAAAACCCUACAAGUGUACGGAAUGUUCAUUUGCUUGCUCUUUUAAAUCAAAGCUUAUUAACCACCAACGUACUCACACGGGAGAGAAACCCUACAAGUGUAGUCAAUAUUCAUAUUCUAGUGCUCAGAAUGUUGAUCUCAAGAAACAUAUGAGGACCCACACAGGAGAGAAACCCUACAAGUGUAAGGAUUGUUCAUAUUCUUGUGCUCAGAAAGGUAAUCUCACAUUACAUAUGAGGACUCACACAGGAGAGAAACACUACAAGUGUAAGGAAUGUUCAUAUGUUAGUGCUCAGAAAGGAAAGUUUAUAAUGUUAACUGGGAGUAUAGGUCCUCAACAACUGCUGAUAAAGUUAACAGUCACAUAA